AUGACUCAAUUGCAUUUACUUUGUAGAUUUACAAAGCAUGACACCAUAGCAGUAUGCCUGGCUAUAUUCCUUCCGUUGACUGCCAUAGUACUUACAAUGGUGUCAAUCCUACCAGCAUUAGGAGCUCCACCGUUGCCUGACUUCUCAAAUCCUGUCAAGGUAUGGUGCAUUAUUGAUUCGUGGCCCCACGCAUGCGCGGUGUACUUGGUGGCCAUUCAGGCUGGAAGAGAUAGAACCCUGAUGCAUCGCUUAAAGAUGGAACCGCAGACCAUCCUAUUAAUUCCGCGCCAUAUGUCUCGAUAAUUAUGCUUGAUCAAAACAACUGGUGGAGUUUCAAAGCAGUUGGCAUCGAUCGAAAAAUAUACACACAAACAAUACUAAUCUUAAAAAAAAAAUGGUAUUCUUCGCUUCAACAAGUGGAAUCUUCUACACAUGUAUUCCACGGGAAAUUCCGCCCUGGGUCACAAAGAUCAGGGACGGUAUCUGAACAAUUACGCACCUACUCCUCCCCUGACCCAACAAAAGUCAACUGAUAACAAGUUAAGGUUAAUGUUGGUUUAUGGGAAGGGGUAGGUAUGCAGUUGCUCAGAUACUACCAUUGAUGUAAAUAAAUGUCCGCAGUUAAUCCAUGACUCGCUCUAGAAGACACGAAUGUACAUAUAACACCCUUCUUGGUUUUAAUGAUUUCAGGGCUUUGAGCCAAGAGGCACAGUUUUAAGUGAUCAGAUUGUGACCCUGGGAAACUACCAUCGGGCACUCCACUCUCGCACUCUUUUUACGCAGAUAUCCAACACCUCACAACUCUACAGCGAGGCCAACUCUAGUACUCCAUCUCCUCCCCUUUCUAGAAUCGACGAUGACGUAAUAUUUGUUUUUGAGGCUACUGACUCCAGUCAGAGCAUGUUUGAAGCAACUAAACUGAAGGCCGCCUGUUCCAUUGAGAAUGAAAUUCUAAGUUCUAGUUCCCAUUUCUCUCAAUACUGCUCUCGUAUUCGUGAUACAGAAUCUGGUCAAACACGAUGUUUCCCAAACCCAUCUCUUGGAAAUUACGUAGCCCUACUGAAUAACCGCACAAGAUGUCAAGACAUAACUGAUCAGGAUGUUUCAUACGUCAAGAAUUUGUUACUUCACUGCCACCCUUACUUUGCGAAACAAACUUUAAAGGAGGACUGUGCCACUUCCAGCUGUGAGGGCGUCCCAGCUAAUUGCACUAAAUACAACGCUGUGUAUAACAUUUUCCAGUUUCUAACAGACAAUGAGAUGAGUCCAUCCAAUGGCAUGUUUCUGAAAUAUACUACAUCAUUCCCAGUAUUGUACUCAUAUGACUAUGAUAGUUUAUACAAAGAACAUUUAAAAGAUGGAGUUCCCGAAAAAGAAGGGGUACAAUUAGCAUCUUUCAAGUUCUCCAGCUAUAAGUUAGACCAAUUCAGUGAGAAGCUUCUUGCUGAAGUCAUAUUCCCUGCUCUUGCUAUGAUUUUUGUUUUUCUUACUAUGUGGUUUUUCUUGGGUUCUUUCAUUCUCACUUUCACUGGCCUUUUUUGCAUUAUUUAUGCAAUUGGUCUUUCAUAUUUUCUUUACACAAUGGUCUUCAAAAUAGACUUCUUUCCAUUUCUGAACGUUACUACGCUGGUGUUUUUGGUGGGCAUUGGAGCAGAUGAUGCUUUUGUGUACUACGACAUAUGGAGACAGACACUUGCUGCUAACCCUUGUGCAAACAUCAUGCAGCUGACAUUGAAGACCUUGCGUUAUGCUGCCCUCUCCAUGCUUGUCACAAGCUUGACAACAGCAUCAGCAUUUUUCGCAGGAGUAUCUUCCUCCAUCACCGCCAUUAGGUUGUUUGGACUGUUUGCUGGUACAUCCAUCUUGACAAAUUACCUGCUGAUGAUAACAUAUUUCCCAGCUGUUGUGGCUUUGCAUGAGAAGUGGGUGUUGAAGUACGUAGAUGGACAUUCAAGCUUGGAGGGGGUCCCAGCGGAAUCAAGUGAUCCCGAGAAGACUGACUCGGUUCAGAAUGCACCUGUAGCACAGGAUAUGUCACAAAGUAUCGCCGCUAAAUUAGAGGAAAAUAGUGGUGUCAAAGAAAAGAAACGAAGCUUUUGUUUUUUGCAAGUCAUAGACUUUCCAUGUUCUUCGUUAAUAUCAGCCACAAGUUUUUUCAAAACAAUCAGCUCAAAAAUGUUCGAAGAUUGGUUGCCAAAAGCAGUGAUCAAGUUACGUUAUGUAUGGAUUACCCUGUUAGUGUGUCUUACAGCUGGAUUUCUGUGCGUUAAUUUUGUUAAACCAGGUCUGCGGCCACCAGACUCCAAGGAUUUCCAAAUGUUUGCUUCAUCGCAUCCAUUGGAAAAUUAUUACUUAAACUAUAAAAGCUACUUCAGAUUUGAACAAAAAAAUCGAGGCAUGUGGGUAGAAUUACUCUGGGGAAUAAAACCUGAAGAUAAUGGUAAUAAAUUUAACCCAGAUGACAAAGGAACUCUUCAAAUGGAUGACAACUUUGAUAAAUCGAGUCUUUUCAGUCCAUCAGGUCAAAGUUUCCUUCGUUCCUUGUGUCAGUCCAUCGGAGAGCAAUCUUUUUUCAUGGCAUUCGGCUCACAGGGUCAGCAGUGCCCCUUCGAAAAAUUCAUUGAAACUUGUACCUCUCCAGGCACAGGAUGUUGUGGGGUCAAUGCUUCUUUUCCAUUUCCAGCUCAUAUCGCAGAGAAAUGUGUGAGAGAAACUUCAACCGAUAAUGACACAGGUGUUUUGUUUGAUAAACAGGGAAAAAUAGUUGGUUUUCAUUUGGAAAUACUCACAGAUCAAUCAUUUACCACCAGCUUUACCGUUAUGGACGACUUCUGGAAUAAAGUGAAAUCUUGGUUUGACAAAGAAAUGGCUGAAGCUCCAACAGGACUGAAGAAUGGGUGGUUAGGAUUCUGGAACCUCGAUUUCUUCGCUCUUCAGAUUGGAUUGUCUGAAGGAACGUUUUCUUCGCUGGGAAUCUCAGUUGCUGUGUCAUUUACAGUCAUGCUGCUUACAACCCUCAACAUCUUAAUCAGCAUCUACGCAAUCAUUACUAUCAUUGGAAUUAUUUCCAUAACCAUUGGGUGUCUUGUACUGGCCGGCUGGCAGUUGAAUAUUUUAGAGUCUAUUGUGGUGUCAGUUGCAGUGGGUCUAUCCAUUGACUUCACAAUGCAUUAUGGUGUGGCUUACACACUUGCACCAGACAAAAGUCAGAGAAAUAGCAGGGUGCGUUACUCUUUGAAGCACAUUGGAUCUGCCAUAACAAUGGCCGCUCUUACAACGUUUUUCACAGGUAGGGGAAUUUUUAAUUUUGAUAAAUUAAUUAUUAGCAAAAAUUAAGCGAUUUCCUUGGAAUUUUCACUGGAUGAUGGAAGCAUUGCGGUCUGGUUAGAAGCUUGUCCGACUAGAUAGGAAAAUUCCGUCAUUGAUUUUCAACUUCUAUUAAGACUGUGAGCUAUAUAUAUAUACAUGUCACAGGGCUCCUAACUUUUCUUUUGAUAGAUUCUUACGUUAAUUCCAAUUGAGUUCAACCAAUACUUAAUCUCAAUGUUGUUGACAAAUGGUUAGCUGCGACAUUCAAAACAUUCGAAAAAGUCUGUCUUAAUGAAAUAUUGUUUGCUUUAAAAGCCUGCAAUGUUCUUUUGAUUGAGGUAUACUUGAGCAAUAAUUGAUAGCUAAUGUCAUCACUUUGUUUCCAUGCAGGUUUGAUGAUGAUGCCAGCUACAGUCUUGGCAUACUAUCAGCUUGGACAAUUCUUGAUGCUGGUUAUGGUCUUUAGCUGGCUCUAUUCCACGUUUGGCUUCCUGUCAAUCUGCUCAAUGGUUGGCCCAAAGAACAAUUUUGGACAGUUAAGCAUCACUCGUGUCUUCAGGAAGUGUGGACUUUACAGAACCGAACCAGUGCGCAAAAUUGAAAUUAAUACAAGUAAAACCAUAAAUAACGAGGUUAUAAACUUGAAUGAGCAUGUCUCCGAAAAGCCGCCACCAGAGAGGCAUAAUGACGUCACCUCCCCUUUGCCUGAAAAUCCAGAUUGUGCGUAGUUUCUCACACAAGAAACAUUGCUUGAAAAAAAACCAUUCAAUUUUAACUUUUAUUUUACUCAUCACAAAACAUUACGAGAGUAAGCAAAUAGUAUCCUUAAAAACGCCAAUUCUGGAUGAGAUUACGACGAAAACUUGUAUCAAGUAAUUUAAGAAUUUUGGACCUGUUGUAAAUACUUAUAUCUGAGUUUUCAUUGGGACGAAUGACAGGUGACGGUCGCAUAUGAUCAAACUGAAGAGAACAACGUUCAUUUCAACUCACUUUUGGUCAUUUGUUCGCUCGUUCUCUUUGCCACUUAUCUACGAGUGAUAAGUCUUCUGUAUCAUUGCCAAUAAAUGUAAACAUCAAAACCCGCGCCUAUAGAAUAAAAUGAGGAUGCCUGUUUGAUUUUCCAAUAAAAUGGAACACAGUUUGCUUGUAGCAGCUUCUGACGAGUAUUCAAGAAUUAGUCUCCAU